GUUAAUCUCUCCUCUCAGACAGCAGCACCUUGCAGUAGUCAUGCUCAGCCUCAUCAAAUUACCACGAGUCUUCACCAUCAAUCAAGUCCCCAAAGUUUUCCAUGAGGACAGCAUUAUUUCUGGGUACCGGCACCCCCGCAGCUCAGCCACCGACUGCAUCCUGAGCCUCUUCCAGAUGACCAAUGAGACGCUCAAUAUCUGGACCCACUUUCUGCCCACCUGGUACUUCCUAUGGAAAGUAGUGACGGUGGUGCUGAUGCAGACUGCAUGGCAGGACUCCUUUACCUGGCCCAUGGUGAUCUUCCUGCUCACCUGCUGCAUUUAUCCGCUGGCGUCGAGCUGUGCUCACACCUUCAGCUCCAUGUCAGCGCGCGCACGCCACAUCUGCUUCUUUUUUGAUUACGGUGCUCUCAGUUUCUACAGCCUGGGCUCAGCAAUCGUCUAUUCAGCUUACGUUUUCCCUGACAAGUGGGUGAACAGCUCCUUCCACCAGUACUACAUCACCAUCGCUGUGUUCAACUCUGUCAUCUGCACCAACCUAGCCUGCUACUCAAGGCUUGGCUUACCAUUUCUACAAUAUAAUCAUGACAGCCUAAAGAGAUUCCUUGAGUUCCAGCAUCCAAAGUUCAGCAAAUUAUUCCGAGUCAUAGCCUUUGCCUACCCUUACCUGUUUGACAGCAUUCCUCUGUUCUACAGGGUGUUCCUGUGUGUAGGGGAGGGCUGCACAGAUAAUGACACCAACAUCCUCCACUACCACCACAUCGCCUUGGCUUUCCUCACAGGCUUUCUGUUUGCCACACACUUACCUGAACGCCUGGCACCUGGCAGCUUUGACUACAUAGGUCACAGCCAUCAGCUUUUCCAUGUAUGCGCCAUCCUCGGCACCCACUUCCAGAUGCAGGCCCUGGAGCAGGACAUGGUGACACGACGUCCCUGGCUCGUCGAAAACUCAACUCCCAUCACAUUUGGCAACUCAGUGGGCCCAGUGCUGCUUUGUGUGGUGUUGAAUUUGGCUAUCAUCUUCCUCUACAGUCUACCUCUCCUCUUGCACCCAGUCUGCAAAGAAAAGAAAUGCAGUACGGGCCCAAAGAAAGACAAACUCUGCCCCCACAGCUGAACCUCCAGCUGCACAGGUCACGGUUAAGGGAUUUUAGCUGCUCCCAAGCAUACACUUUGUAUGGUCACAAGACCAAAAGGACUGCAUUAUGGGUAUAAUUAAUAGUAUAACAUGGUAAAGAAUGCACCAGAUGAGGAACUGACAUGUUUAAAUGAAUCACGGUUGCAUUUGGUCUUUAAUUUACGGAGAUGCCUGCUGUUGUGUGGAUAGGAUGGAAAUAUAGGUGCAGUGCACAAGCACAGCAUGAAAAUUAACAAUAAGUGUUGGUUAAAUUUCACAUUAUGUAAUGAAUUUAAAUGUUUCUGAGGAAACUCGUUCCUAUAUGAAGCUACAAAUGUAGCAGGUUAGCUACAUUAUGAGGCAGAGCAUACAUGUUUAUAUUUUUGUUCAGUUCUCUGACUUCCACACAUGUGGUAUAUGAAGAGACUGCAGGGAACAAAAACUAUGUAAAAUAUAAUUUGUCCUUUAAUUCCAGAUUUUAAUGCUGAAUUGACUCUGUGUCUUCACAUGUUUCUGAUGCUUGAGCUUGUACGGCCUGUUGUGUUGUAUUAUUUUCAUUAAGUAAAAGGUGACAUCGCUGUCUGUAAAAGCAGCAGCUUAGCAGACAGUUUAGUUACUGAAGAGAGUUAAUGUGUUCUGAGUCCCUCAAAUAUCUGAUGUUUCUGUCUUGUUACAUCUUUUCUUUUAUUACAAAAC